UUGACCUGAUCUCCUCGUAUCUUUAAAACCCCAUUUUACAGUGGUUGAUGUUACAGCAACACGUUUAUUUGUUUUAGUUUUUUUGUAUUUUGCUAUUAGCUCUUGAAGACACACCAGUUCAGUGCAUUUUACAUCAGAGAUCAUUGUGAGUUGACAGGUCGGGAGGAUGACAGCUCGUGUGUAUUGCUUGAUUGUUGUUCUGUUGUGUCUGUUUGGAUACUUGAGCAUAACAGCUGCUGGAAAAACAACAGCAAAGCCAGGAAAGUGUCCACCCCAAUCAUCUAGAAAUAGAUCGUGUAGCAGGAGUCCCUGUAAGAGUGACUCCAACUGUCCCAACAAUGAGAAGUGCUGCAGCAAUGACUGUGGAAGUUACUGUACAGCUCCAUAUAUAGUGAAGCCAGGACAAUGUCCCGACCCAAGGAACAUUACACUGUCUCCUGAAAUCUGUGUCCAAGAUGGUCAGUGUCCUGCCACACAGAAGUGUUGCCCAACCACCAGUGUCAAUGCAUGCAGUGAACCCCAGGGUCAGGGGAGCGGCCAGGGUCAGGGGAGUGGCCAGGGAAGUGGCCUUGGCUAUGGUCAGGGGAGCGGCUAUGGUCAGGGAAGUGGGUUUGGCCAGGGUCAAGGGGGCGGCCAGGGGAGCGGCUAUGGUCAAGGGAGCGGCUAUGGCCAGGGAAGCGGGUUUGGCCAGGGUCAAGGGAGCGGCCAGGGGAGCGGCUAUGGUCAAGGGAGCGGCUAUGGUCAGGGUAGUGGGCAGGGGAGCGGCUAUGGCCAGGGAAGUGGGUUUGGCCAGGGUCAAGGGAGCGGCCAGGGAAUUGGGUAUGGCCAGGGAAGCGGCUUCGGCCAGGGCCAGGGAGUUGGGUAUGGCCAGGGAAGCGGCUUCGGCCAGGGCCAGGGAGUUGGGUAUGGCCAGGGAAGCGGCUUCGGCCAGGGCCAGGGAGUUGGGUAUGGCCAGGGAAGCGGCUUCGGCCAGGGCCAGGGAGUUGGGUAUGGCCAGGGAAGCGGCUUCGGCCAGGGCCAGGGAGUUGGGUAUGGCCAGGGAAGCGGCUUCGGCCAGGGCCAGGGAGUUGGGUAUGGCCAGGGAAGCGGCUUUGGCCAGGGCCAGGGAGUUGGCCAUGGCCAGGGAAGCGGCCAGGGCCAGGGAGUUGGCUUUGGCCAGGGCCAGGGAGUUGGCCAUGGCCAGGGGAGUGGCUUUGGCCAGGGAGUUGGCCAUGGCCAGGGGAGCGGCCAGGGGAGUGGCUUUGGCCAUGGCCAGGGGAGUGGCUUUGGCCAGGGAGUUGGCCAUGGCCAGAGGAGCGGCCAGGGAAGUGGCUUUGGCUAUGGACAGGGGAGUGGUCAGGGACAGGGGAGUGGUCAGGGAAAGGGAAGUGGGCAAGGAGAGGGUCACUGA